GUGAGUGAGUGAGAGUGAGAGUGGGAGGGAGGGCGGCAGUCAGAAACAAGCAAACUAAUUCUCACCGAAGAACAGACAGUCGUGCCAGAGCUGUGGCUGCGAUUAGUUCACCUCUCUGACGCUCUUUGUAGACCAACAGAGAAACGUUUUAUUCCCCCCCUCCCUCCCCCUCUCGAGUCCAGGUACCAAGUAGGACCAGAGUUUCCAUUUUGGAUAAAGAGGACUCCAAACACACACUUCUCCAAGCCGCGACAACUCAAGGUGAAUGCCGUCAUGCCAUUUGGAUGCCUUGCCCUGCGAGAUGGGCGGACUUACGAUAGCAUGUCUGAUGUCACAGACAAAUAUGAGAUUGGACAAGUCCUCCGAGCGAAGGAGUUCUGUGAGUUGUGCCUGGCUAAGGACAGACAGACAGACAAGGUGUUUGUCUGCAAGAAAUUCCUCAAGAAAGACGGCAGGAAAGUCCGCAAGGCUGCCAAGAACGAAAUCAUGAUCCUGAAAUUGGUCAACCACCCAAACAUCCUUCAACUGAUAGACACAUUUGAGACCCGGAAAGAAUACUUCAUCAUCCAGGAACUUGCCACGGGAGGAGAUGUAUUCGACUGGAUUCUGGACCAAGGGAAUUACACAGAGAGAGAUGCCUCCAAUGUCAUCAGACAAGUCCUGGAGGCUGUGGCAUACUUACACUCUCUCAACAUAGUUCACAGGAACCUGAAGCUGGAAAACCUGAUGUACUAUACAGAAAACAACCACAACAAAGUAGUUCUGCGAGAUUUCUACCUGUCCAGGUUUGAGAACGGGCCUAUCACAGAGCCUUGUGGAACACCAGAAUACCUGGCUCCUGAAGUGGUGGCACGUCACCGAUAUGGUCGUCCUGUGGACUGCUGGGCUGUUGGUGUCAUUAUGUUCAUACUAUUAUCAGGUAACCCUCCUUUUUAUGAUGAGACAGAGGAGGAGAACACAGAUCUACAUAAUCGCAUUAUCUUCUGUCGCAUUGUUGCUGGUGACUUUGAGUUUGAUUCGCCGUACUGGGAUGACAUUUCACCUGCAGCUAAAGAGCUUGUCUGUCGACUCAUGGAGGUGGAUCAGAUGCUGAGAAUCACGGCGCAGGAUGCACUUUGGCAUGAAUGGAUUGCGGGAAAUGGUGCAUCAGAGAAGAACCUAAAGGAUGGUGUGUGUGCCCAGUUUGAGAAGAACUUUGCAAAGGCCAAAUGGCGGAAAGCGAUCCGUGUCACCACCUUUAUGCAACGCUUGAAGAAUUCAGAGGCACUGACCGACAGUUCAGCUGAGGUCCAGGGCAGUGAAGAGGCAGGAGAUGGUGAAGGGGGUGUAUCCCAAGGAACAAGUGAUGAGGGAGACAAAGGGACAAGUGAUGGGGGGGUGACGUCAAGUAGUGUGUCUUUAGAGGUUACUGUUGAAAGUACACCGCCAGGUAUGGACCAGGAUGAGGAGAGGGGUAAGGAUGAAGAGAACUGGCCCAUUGGCCCAUCUGUAGGGAUUUCCCCAUCAGAUAUGCAAGAGCCUCUCUGUCAACAAAGCCAGUCAAUUACAGACCCCAAAAUCACACAGGAGCAGCCUGACAAAGUUGGUGCAAAGAAAGCAGCCAGUGAUGGAACCAGAAAAAUGGCUGCCAAUUUGGGUCAAAAUAAAGCUGUUCCAGAGUCCAAACUGUCCCCAAUGAUGAUGCCUGGCCCAUCUAUGCUGUCAGAAGGUUCUUCAAGCACUACUCUUGACAAAAAACAUACAUCCACCUCCCCAGAUCCCAGCAGUAAGCGUAAGAUGGCUGCAACACUCCAUGGCCCUCCACCUACAGGUUCUACUGCUGCAACAGGCUCACCAGGCAAGAGACCAGCCAUGCCGCGGGAGCAGAAGGAUGAGACUGACGGAAGCUGGUGUCAGACACAAGUACCUGAGGCAGUGGCAGAGAGGUCAGUGGUAGCAGCAGCAACAGUCACUCCAGCAAUUCUCCCUGGAGCUGGGGUGGAUGUAGGACUAGGAGUUACAUUAAGGGGUGAUGCUAGUCCCAUGGGUAGACGGGAUAGGGAUGUCAGAAGAACCGACAGACAUAGUGCUGAGUUUAGCAUAGCAAGGGCAGGUCCUGCAGCAGGACAGGGCUGUUAUUCAGUAGGCAGCUCUGCUAGCUUGGGUCGUCAUGCCACACCAUAUAACCCGGAUGUUGGGUCAGCAGGGUUGGGGAUGGCAGGGAGCUAUGGGAGUCCAUACAGCUCCCUGUAUACAAGUGGAGGAGGUGUAGGUAUGUAUGGGACUGGGCUACAGCAUGGAGGAGGUGGGAGCUGCGCUACAACCGACUGGCAAAUGGACAGUGUGAUUGAGCAGAUAGAAAAGCAAAUGGCUGCCGUGCUGGAAAAGAUUGAGGGAGACAUGCCCUCAUUGUUAGAACAAAUCAGUGACUGCCCAGCUGAAGCACCACGUGCCCGGAGCACACACGCCUCGCCCGCCACCUCCCGCGCACGCUCCACACAACAUUCUUCGACUGCGACCUCAGCCACUCCUCCGCCUCUUCCAACGUCUCCCAGGCCUGCACUACCAUCUCUCCCUCGCUUAACUAUCCCGCCUCCCUCCUAUCCCCCACCCUCCCCACCCACACAAUCCUCACCCAAGGCUGUGGGAGAGCAGGAAGACAGGGACGGACAGAGGGAUGCUGCUCGUUCUGGCCAGUCCCCAAGAGCUGGGAUGGGUAGGGGCCUAUGAAGCAGGUGUGCAUGAUGCAAUACACAUUACCUGGAACAUUGGAUUUAAAGUUUAAACUUGAUGGUUUAAAGACUCAGAAGUGUCAUCCACGUACUCCUCACAUGAAAAGUAACCAUGCAAUGUUGUUUGGUUUGGCUGUGUAUUCAUACUGAGAAUACUGGUAAAGAGAAAUAUCACUAUGGUGUUCAAAUCCUCUCUAUUGACUUGAGAAGUGUAUUGUAUGAAAAGAGAAAGAUCUCAAAAGUUUGUUUGCAUCUCAAAUCCAGAUUGUAUGCAUGAAUGCUUACCACACAACCUCACUCAUAAUGGAAUCCAAGCACUCAGCAGUUUGCAAAUUAUGAAUCUACACAACAGCAACAACAACAGUA